UGGUAAAAUAAUACUUUUUUCUCAUUACUUCUUAAAAUAUUAUUUUAAAAAAACCAAGAAAAAUAAAAUUCAUCAUGCCAAACGAGCAUCCAAAAUAUACGCACGCGAAAUAUUGUAAUGGCGCGAAAACUUACAUAGAUUUAUCAUGAACAAGGAAAGAGAAUAUAACAGUCGAAGAAAUCUGCAGUUCAGUCAAUCGGAUCAGAAUUCUAGUCACAGUCGUUUCUCUUUUAUUUUAUUCUAGGCGAAUUAAGAAAAAUGUUUAGAAAAGUUCGAGACACGGCGUGUUGACGAGCCCUCGGCGCGCGAUAUUCAGGCUUUCGUGAGGGCCGUGUGUAUAUGCGUGUUUCGUUGUGCCGCUUCACGCGCGACGAAGAGAAGGGAGAAAGGUAGAUUAGAGGUUGAUAGGCGAGGGUAGGAAAGGGGUACGGGGAUAACGGCGUGGCAGCGCGCGAAGUGGAAGGGGGAAGAGGGAGACGUGUCCGUCCAGAGUUUGGUUGUCAAACGAUCCGAUAGAUCGCGCUCGCGUCGCAGUUUAGCCCGUUUGCGCGUCGAGCCGCGGGCAGAGCUCUCAGUUGACGCUCAGUUCGGCUCAGCGAGGCCAGAGAGAAGAAAGGGAGUCUUUUCGUGUGUGUAAACACCGCGCGUGUGUGUUCGUCGCACCAGUCACAGUUCCAUGGGGACCGUGCAGCUGAGGAACCUAUAACCUGCGUGCUCCCCGUUAUAUCCAAAUCCAGGGAUCUGCUACCUGACUUUCCUGAGACAGAAAGAAAGAAAAAAAGUGACGAGAGAAAUAGCAUUCGGUCCGACCACGAACGCUCCGUUUCUCCUGACUGUGGCGAUCUUUGAUGCGAAUUCGUCUAUUGAAAUUUCUUCGGUUCGGAACACGCGUCCGUCUAGUCUAAUGCGGACAGAUUGAAACGAAGAAAUAUUUGUUAGAAGGAAUAAGGUGAAAUAAGAUAGUAGAAAAAAAAAAAACAAGUGACUGGUGAGGAAAAAGUGCGCGCUCGAAUCGUCGUGUGUGCAUUCGAAGUAAUGAGCAAGGUGACAGUUUCCUUCGAGGAGACGACAUGCAGCUCGAGCAUGGCCUGGAUCGGGACGACGAUAACAAGAUUGGUCGAGCAGUGAGAAAGACGUGCUCGUACCAUUGUUUGACGUGCUCAUCGAUUCACUUUUCGUGGAAAUUACGAUUGCCAAGUGCCCUUUUGACAUGUUCCAAGAGUGUACUAUUUGUUGAUCGUUUCGAGCAUUCAUCGUCACCGGUGACGUUCGACGAUCGCCAAGUUCCGUCGAACGCGCGAAACGACAACGACCGAUCCGAACAAUAGAAUAAAAACUGUUGUUUCACGUUCAUUACGACGAAUAUAUCUCUAUUACGAAUGGUUAAUCCAACAAUCCUUUAUAAUCAAAUAUCUGUCAAUGUACAUUUUUAAAGAAGUGCUGUGUCAAUUUUUUUGUUUUCGUUCAUUCCAACACCGCGCUCCUCGCAUCGUAUAUUAAUUACCGGUCACCAUCAUUGCCGUUCAACCACCUGGAUUGCCUGGAUAUCAUCAUUGGGAUUCCAUUGACGGUGUGACUGGAUUCUCAUCGACGACGUGUUCGCACGUGGUUACUUGUCGCCCAUCAACCUCAAUCGCAACCUCGGUCGUCGUCUCGGACGCGUUGUCGCGGUGGUGGUGGUGGUGUUGGUGCAUGGACCUCUUCUCGACGGAUUUGCUACGCAUUUUAUCGCGCCCCUGGGCGUCUUCGUCUCCCUCUCUGUCUAUUCCUGGUCUCGCUCUAUAACGUAUCUCCAUCCUUCUCCUUCGAUACUCCGUGCUCUCUCUCUCUCCCUCUCUCUCUCUCUCUCGCCUUCUGGAUCACCGUGUGUCGUCUCUCCCUCCAUCCCACGCUUACCUACCCCUCCACCUGUCUGCCGCGCUGCUGCACACCCUCUCCUCUCUCUCCGCCAACCCUCCGCUCGCACGAUCACCGUAUACCCGUACAAUUUUCUUUAUCCCCACCUAUUCGCGCGCGCCUUCUCUGCCUUCCGCACGCGUUUUCUUUAUUUAUUCCGCGAUUCCACGGAGCAACGCGGCUACUUUCGCACACGAUGAAACUUGCCCUUCCGUCCUCGCCUUUUUGAAAUCUCACGCGUCUCUCGCGCAACGACCAUUGGCCAUCGCCGCCGAUCUCCACGCUCGGCGGGACUGUUCCCGUAAAAUCGACGAUAAUAACUACCGCUCCGCUCGCCCCCACCCCCCGCCGUCCUCAUCCCUUUUCUCUUCCUCGCCUCCUACUCCCCACCCCCCUCCUCCACCACCUGCGCUCCUCUCUCACCGCGUACGGUGACUCGUUCGCCCGGUCUAACGUUACUCGCUGCGUUACAUCGCCGCCUCGUCCGUCCUUGGAUCGUACGCGCGCGUCGUAAAUGCAACCGCGCGAAACGACGAUGCAUUACAUGAUCCGUUGGUGAAAAAAAAAAAAAAAAAAAAAAAAAAAUAAAAAUAAAUCGAAUCCUUCUUACCCCUCUGCGCUUUCGGAUCCACCGCCACUCUCUCGAUCGCGGCCGAAACCGACACCGACACCGUGCACACCGUGGAUAUCCGCUGAUAUAUCCGGAUAUAUAUCGUUAUAACACCGACAAUCACCGGCCAUCAUCUGCACCAUCGCCGAUCACGUGGCUUGCUCGACGGCGACGCUGUACGACAAUGUUCACGCCGCGCCGCUGUGCGGCUCCGGCGUGGGCCACCCUGGCUCUGUUACGCCGAUGGGGGCAGCUACCGGAGCGGGGAAUUCCACCGGGGUGACCUGGUGGGCCAUGAUGAACGGAUCCCUCUACGAGGACAGCCCACCACCGGUCCCGCCAACAGCCUCGAGCCUUAUCUCCGUUCAACAACAGCAACAACAACAACAGCAACAACAGCAACAACAACAACAACAACAGACCCCAACGCCCGCGUCACACCAACAAGCGACCACACCGACCUCGCCCGGUGCACCGGCCUCCUCGGCCACGAGCGCGCCCCCGCCGCCAACGGCCAGCGCCAGCUCGACCUCGCCGAGCGCCUCCUCGGUGGCGAGCAACAGCGCGCCAGGACCUCUCCACAUACCCGCGAAAAGGCUGACCGCGACGCCGGCCGCCUCCUACGGAGAGGUCGGCUGCGUGGAUUCCGCCGCCGCCGCGCCCGCCGCUGGCCCAGCGGGCGUCAUCCGUCAUUCCCACUCAUCCUCGGCCGGGUCGCAGGCCGGCUGGAGUUACAGCCCCCACCAUCCGCAAGAGUCUCAUUACUCGUCGGCGGCCGAUUCCCUGAACCAUCACCAAACGUACGGGGGUAAUAACCCCCCGACGUAUUACAAUCUGGCGGCCGAUCCUACCUCCACUUCCGGCUCCUCAAGGGACAACCGGAAGGCGGGCACGCUCAGCUUCUGGUCGCCGGCGGCCGCUACGGCCGGCUCGGCAACGGCCGGCUCAACCUCCGAUUACAAGUCGUACAAUUCGGCCGGAGUCGCGACCACGAGCUCCUCGACGGGGGCAGGCUCCUCUUCCGCGGCCACGGGGGCCGCGGAUCCGGCCGUGUCCUCCUGCCACCAGAGCUUCUCCCAGAGUUGGUGUAAUUACGCGCCGUACACAACGGCGAGGCAUCACCACCCGGUCGACACGGCCGGCCAUCAUCAUCCCCAUACGCAGGCGGGGGUACCGUAUUUGACGCCGUCCGCGGCUGACGACCGGGGAAGAGUCACUGCCGCAAUGGUGGCCGCAGAGGGCGCCUUCCCUCACGAUGGAUACGGGGGACUCAGGAAUUACGGGGCGCCCGAGCCUGUCACGUCCAGCCCGUACCCACCUCCAGUGAUGUGGGGUUCCUCCCCAUCUUCGUUGUUUCCCGCAGGUUCCCUGGCGGGAGUCGGCGUAGGUGUUGGCGUAGCUGGUAUGGGCGUCGGUUGCGGGAGCUCGAAUCCACUGGAAUGGACCGGUCAAGUGACGGUACGGAAGAAACGCAAACCUUAUUCCAAAUUCCAGACGCUCGAACUAGAAAAGGAAUUUCUAUUCAACGCUUACGUGUCGAAGCAGAAACGAUGGGAGCUCGCGCGAAAUCUAAAUCUGACCGAGCGACAGGUGAAGAUAUGGUUUCAAAAUCGGCGGAUGAAAAAUAAAAAGAAUAGUCAACGGCAGCAGCAGAACAAUAACAAUAACAACAGCAGCGCCAAUAAUGCAAAUCAUCACGCGGCGACCGGUAGCCACCACCAUCCGAGCGCCGCGCAUGCGCCACCCUCGAGUCAUCACGUGGUCGCGCAGGCGCACCACGCAAAUGGUUCCGCGAAGCAUCAUCAGUGACCCGUGGCCUUCUCUGGGGUCGUCUUCGGCCAUCCACACUCUAAUCACAGCUCUACAAACGGUUGCACAGGAACUGGGACCGGGACAGGGACAGGGACUGGGAACGCCGCUACCCAUUCCAACAGCCACGCGAGCCUGGUUACAGGUCACAGCCACACGCUUCACGCGCCUCAACCUCAAACGCCUCUACCGACCCACGCCGCCGGUGCCUCGAGCACCGUCACGCCCCCCACCGCCGUCGUUCAUCCACACAUUCACGCACACGCUCAUCAUCAUCAGUUGGCGCACGUGGCUCAGCAGUAUCCUGCGCUUCUUCAUCAGACGCCUCAUGGCCUGGCUGCCUGAACAACCUUUCAGGUUUUUUCGACACCCCAGAGAAAUCGAAGAAGUCGACGAAUCGUCCAUACGGUCGAUUCGCAAUGCAGCAAUUUCUCAUCAGUCCUCGUAGUCGUCGUCAUCGUCAUUUGAAUAAUCGGCAUCCACGACAGAACGUCGCAUAGAUAGACACGUAAUCCAUACACACAUACAUACAUACAAACAUGCAUACAAACACACACACACACACACACACACACACAAACACUUAUCAAACUUUGUUCAGCAGCUAUUCAAAGACUGCCUAUCACUUGUAAGGAGAGAUAAUGUUUCCGCGAGUAGUAUAUUAUUA